AUGUCUGAAUGGCAAAAACUCCAAAAAUUCUCUCAAAUAUUCGGAGCUUCAAUUUCACUAUUCCUAAACUCGUUGGUGGUACUUUUAGUCGCAAAAAAGUCUCCAAAAGCGUUGGGUACAUACAAAAAUUUGCUUAUUCUAAUUGCUAUGUUUGAAAUUAUCUAUUCGGUUUUAGAGGUUCUUGUUAAACCGACUUUUACUUCUUUCGGCUCAACGUUUGUGAUGAUUGUGAAUGUCAGAGAUUCUUUGUUGAGCUAUGAUGUUUUGUUACUUUUAGUUUCCCUGUGUUGCGCAUUUUUUGGAUCACUGAUGGUCAUGUUCAGCGUACAGUUUAUAUAUCGAUUCUGGGCAGUGAGCGGCAACAAUUCAAUCAAAACAUUCGAAGGAGUCAGAAUAUUUUGGUGGCUUCUACCAUCAAUAUUAGUUGGAACUAUGUGGGGUAUUGCCGCGUAUUUUCCUUGCUCACCGCGACCGAGUACUGAUGCGUUCCUAAGAGAAUUUAUUUUGAAAGAGUUUGGUUUGGAGGUGACAGAGAAUGUAUACAUUGCGCCGUAUUUUUAUGAAAAAAAUGAAGAUGGUACUACGGACAUUUACUAUCCAUCUUUUGUGACAAUUUUUGCAACAACUGUGACUGUGAUAAUUUCCGUGUCUGUCAUUUUUUAUUUCGGUUUUAAAUGCUACACAUCCCUUCAGAAAUUCAAAGAAAUCGAAUCGUCGAAACACAUUCAAAAUCUGCAAAAUCAAUUGUUCUAUUCAUUGGUGGCUCAAACACUAAUUCCAUUAUUUCUGGUGCAUACUCCAGCAUUUGCUUUAUACACAUUUUCAUUUCUUCGAAUAAAUAUCGGCUCCUUAACUGGAAUUACCACAAUAACAACUGCCAUUUUUCCUGCACUUGAUCCUCUUCCAACACUAAUUAUUGUAAGAAGCUAUCGAAAUGCAAUUCGAGAAUCGAUUUCUUCCAUAUUCAAUUCAUUCACUACAAUUUUCAAAAAGUCACAUGGAAAUUCGAUUUUACCGGUGCAGGCUCGCACGGGAACUGUUUGA